ACUUAUUUCACCUCAUUGCAAUUUGGACUGUAAGGGCAUUCAGAGCAUCGAUGAGACAGACAGCAUACAAAGACAGAAACUAUACACACAGCACCAGUUAUCAUCAUCAUUGAGAUAUGGAGAUAGAAGAGGACAUCUAUGCCAAUGUAGAGGAGAUCAGUGUGAAAGACUGUGAUGAUCUGGCUGCAGGUUACGAGACUUUACACCAGAGUCAACAGGCUGGAACAAGACUGAAGCAUAAGAAUCAGAACUCUCAGCCUUGGAGGAUGGCUACAGUUUCCCUGGGCCUGCUGUGUGUUGUCUUACUGAUCACAGUCACAAGCCUCUCUGUGCACUGUGAGUGUUCAACUCGCAUGUGUACCUGCGUGUGCAUUUAUGCGUGUGUUUGUGAAUGCGUGCGCAUGUGUGUGCAAGAACGAGCGAGCCGGGGGAAAAAAACGGUUGUUGGCAUGUGCUCUCUUCUCUUUUCAAUCACAGAUGAUGAACAGUACUACGGACUGUCCAGACUCCAGACUUCAUACAACAACCUGACUGAGGAGAUAAUCCAGCUGCAGAGGUCAGUUUCAGAGCAGGAGAAGAAGAUAUCAGAGCUUGGACCCUGUCCUGAUGGCUGGAGGAGACACAGAUGUAGCUGUUAUUACUUCUCUAAUAACAGUAAAACUUGGAGUGAGAGCAGACAAGACUGCAGAGAGAGAGGAGCAGAUCUGUUGAUCAUAAACAGCAGAGAGGAACAGCAUUUUCUAAACACAUUGGGGGGGAAAAUGCAUUUCUGGAUUGGUCUGACUGACUCAGAGCAGGAAGGGAUCUGGAAAUGGGUGGAUGGAACAACAUCAACCACAACACAGUUCUGGAGAGAAGGAGAGCCAAAUAAUGCCCAGGGGGGUGAGAACUGUGCAGUCUUCAACAGCUUCAGAGAUACCCUGGGAAUUAUACAAUCAUGGAAUGACCAGCCUUGCUCAUUGCUUAUCCAUUGGGUAUGCAACUACACACCUAACGUGUCCUCCUAAUAGGCCUACACAUCGUGAUGGCAUCUGCCACACAGGAGAAUAUCUGAAUUCCAUUGUAAAAAAAAAUGAAGCAUCACCUACAAGUUGAUGCUGACAAGUCAUGGCAGGAAAACAAAUGACCCAUAACACAUGUAAAAAAAAAAAAGUCCCGCUAAUUGGCUAACGAUUCAAAUGAAAGCUAACAUUGAAUCGACGUCAGACGUUAAUUCUUCAAGUCGGCUGUUUUGACAUAUGUUUCAGAUAAUCUGAAUUCCCUUUUGAAUUUGCAAAAGAUUGUUUAGAUUUUUUUUCCGACACAAAGGUUAAUGUCUCCUGCAUUUCAUUAGUAGCACAAAUGGUAGAGAAAAUUCAAAUGAAUCUUGACAAAACAUUCCAGUUGACUAUGACUAAUAUGCGCCCUCUACUGACUAGAGAGGCAUAUAGAAGGUCAAAGUGCAGAACAUCACAGUAGCAGGUAGAAUUACUUCAGAUUGCUUAAAAUGAUUGUGUUGUAAUAUGAGAAUGCAACUAAAUUGGAAGCUGAUGCGACUUGUAGGUUCAGUCAUAAUCUAUCCACCCAACAGUGGCUUCCACUGUGAACAAGACAGCUGCUUUACACUGAUAAUUUCUUUGUCAGAUGGAAUGAUUUUACAAAUAAACAU